CUACUUCGCUUCAUUUUAGAAUCUCAGGACGGAAUUUGACUACCAAAAAAGAGGUUUAUUGGAAUUCAUCGGUUCCUACAUCAAUCACGCCUCAACAUAUGGAACUUAUUGGACUGGAGGCCUCAACAGAAUAUUUUGUAACGGUCGAGGCUUGUGUGUCCGAAAGCAUGUGUAGCUAUGAAUACUCAGACAACAAAACUGCAAGUACAAGUGGAAUAUCCGAACCUGUGUUAUCUGCAACUCUAUCAACUAACUGUUCCAUUCAAUGGAUUUGGAAGAAUAAUGAAAAACCAGAAACAGUUACAGGUUUGAAAGUCACGAGAUAUUGCACAACAAUUGCAACAAGAUCGAACAUAAAGUCUCCCCUUAUUGACUCAUUCAACAUAUCGAUAUCGCAAACUUUUACUUCGGUACCCAACAGAAACUGCACAGUGUCAAUACAAGUUAUCGGGUGUGCAGGGCUGAGCGAGGCAGUGAAUGCGACCGGAUAUUGUGUUGGAAAACCAGCAGCUCCGAAAGAAAUUGCGAAACCAAUCUCUUCUGAUGACACCACCGACAGUAACGGGAUGCGCAAAAUAACCGUGACUAAACCCGAUGAAAGCAACGGUUUACUAAGCUGUUUAUUUAUCAUCGUAAAUGAUGGAUGGUCUGACGAAAACACAAAUUUUAGGAUGGAGGAUUUGAUCAAGGCACAGAGCUCAACAACAGAAUAUAUCGCCGUAGCGUUUCCAGUUUACAGAUUUACUGGCGAUAAAAAAGUCAUCAAUCUUGGCGAUGGUUCGAAAUCAUCUUGUAACGUCACUCAAACAAUCGAUGCCUUGUCUAAGAAGAGAAGGCGGCGGAGAAAUGUCGGAGAGAAUGCAAUAUUUGUAGGACAGAAUCGGAAACUUAACAGAGAAAAAUCUUACAGUGUAUUCGUCGUGUCAACAACGCCUUGUGAAAAUGAUAUUUGCUUGCUAGCGAGUCCGUUAAUUCUAUUGAUUAUAGGAAAAAAAUCGUUCGAGUUCAACAUUGUCAGCUUUGUGAUCGGUUUUCUUAUUCCUUUGAUCUUCUGCGUAGUCUUUGCCUUAAUCAUAUACAAACAGAUGAAGCAGAUAAAGAAGUUGAAGAAAAAUGCAGAAGCGAAAGAACAUAAUUACGAAACUAUACAAGAAAAAGCAACUUUCUCCAACAACCCAGUUUCUCAACCAUCAUAUUCGAACGUGCUACAGGAAACUAUCGUUUACGAACAAGCUCUACCUACGACAUGUAUACCAACACAAGUGGAAUCAGCUUACGAAACUUACAACACUUAAUGAACUUCAGCUAUGAAGUAUCUACUCGAACAUCAUGAAAUGAAAAAAAAAUGUUGAAUUUUAUAAAACACUUUGUAAACAAUCAUGUUGGUGUCGAUCGACAUUUCUAUGUUACAGCCGGACCCAGCAUUUAUUGGUCUCUAUUCACUUGCUCAUUCAGAGCGUAUUAAGCUCCUUAUGCUAUGCCGUAAACAUGUAUUGUCAUAUAUAUAUACAUUAUUUUAAACGACUUAAUUAGUUCUGUUUAUUCUGUGCAUUUCAUUAUACUGCAAUAUAGAAAAUCAAAAAGCGGUACUUGAAAGUGUCUAAUAGGGAAAAAGCUUCCCAAAAGUCAACAACAUAUGUCCUGUGAGUAUAAUCAGCACUGCAUUUCUUCCUGGUGGUGAAGUA